UAUUGCUUUAUGACGGUAAAAAAACAUGUAUCUGGUUAUCUGAAAUAGAUUAAAUAGUAAUUAUUCAUUAAGCACGCUUUGCAGCUACUUACUACUCAUAUGGCACGGCGAGAAAUAGCAUUUGUUAUAUUUUUAACGGAUAUUUCUGAAAGUACAGUGAAAACUUUGUUUUAUUUAUGAUUCUAGUGUUGUUAUCAAUGACAGUGUCAUUAUAAAAUAUUUGUAAGUUCUCUAAAUCCAAGGAAAUAUUAUCAUCAAAAUAUUUAGUAGUCAUUAGAUACACCGCAGACGAUGUACGUAUUUCAAUUUGUUGUCGAUGUUGUACCACCUAAAAGUGCGAAAAUGUGGACGCUGAUUGUCUUUUUUGUGCUGAUAUGUCCAAAAUUCUGUCGAGGAGCACCAAAUAUAUUGAACGCUGAACCUGAUAUUAAUACAAUAAAAUACUAUAUAGAAAGGGGACAAGAGGUACUUGAAAGAACUGACGAACUCGAUGAAAACAACUAUUCUUUGAACCCCGAAGAUCAAAAAGCUAUAAAAUUCUAUUACUUUUACUACUACCUAGCAGAUCAGCCUAGAUCAUAUUACUAUUCUCCAACUUCUAACGGUGGUGGCGAUACCAUCAUUUGCUUUCCUAACAAGAAAUGUAUCGACCUUAGCGACAUUGGAAUAUAUCCUUAAUAGCUAAUUCGACGAAUUUGAAAUUGGUUUUAAUCCUGACGGAACAAGCAGUUCGACAAACCUUUAGUCUUAUGUGAAGAGUAUAAGAAUUUGUAGAAUGUUGUAACUGUUUGAUUAAGAAGCGGAACAUCCUAAUGUACUAUUUGUGUAGUUUUUUGUAAAUCAUUACUGGCUUGAUCUGCUAUAAAACUAAAAUAUAGUGUGUCUCCCGUUUGUAUCUCGAAGAAAAGAAUUUUUUUUAUUAUGGAAUCAUUAUAAGAAUUCCUGUUUAUGCUGAGAUUCGUAAAAAUGUCACUACCUACUUAUUUUAUGUACAGGGUGUUCAAUUUUUUUAGGGAACCAACCCAAUCUUCUGAAAUGUCUGAAAGUGUCGCUUUUUAUCUGUUGAUAUUGUUACCAAUUCCAACAAAACUAUAAUAAGCAAGUCUAUUUGGUAACUAUAAAAUAAUUUAUAGGAUAUACUAAAAUAAUCAAGCUUAAUUUGUGUACAGAUAUUCAUGAUUACACUUGUUUCUUUUUGUCAACAUAUUUUGACAUUUCAUUUAAUUCCUACAAUUCUUGUUCAAACAAUGUUUUUGUUUAUUCUUCAAAUGAAUGGUUUUGGCAGAACUAAUAUAUGUACCCCACAAAGACAUGCACAGUCCAUAUAUAGAAUUAGCAUGAUUUAUUUUAACAGUAAAACCAGAAUUAUUGUCAAGUUUUGUGAUGUUAUCGUCAGGUUAUUGAGAUAUUAAAAAAUUAGCUACA